AUGCCUCCCUUCAGGUCCAAGGAUUUUUGGCAGAAAUUCGACCGCAACAUUUUGAUGUUAGACCUUCUCAAACGGAAGUUACAAAAUGAUGCAACCAUCAUCAAAGUUGCUCAACCUUUCAGUCGGAAGAUGCGGGAUGGCGAGUUACUGGCCAUUGAGUUCAUAUCUCACCUUGCAGGCUUCUGCCAG